UAAGGGGGGGAGAGGGAGGAUGAACCAGCAAGCCAAGCCCGACUGCUCCAACUCUUUCUAGAGAGAGAGAGAAGAAAGAGCGAGAGCCCCUCGAGUAGACACGAGCACACGCAUCGCAGAGAGAGGAGAGAGAGAGAGAGAGUAUGAGAUGAAAGGCAUGCCUGGUCGGCCAUUAGAGCUUCUCCGGUUUGCCUAGAGAUCCCUCCUCCACAACCAUCAUUCCCCUUUACCCCCUCCCCCAUACAUUACCAGCAGAGAAAGCUCUUUGCUUUUUUCUUUCCUGGCCUGCAUAGCAAUUUGAGUUCUCUUGUUUUGCUUUGUUUCUGUGGGGGAGAUUUUGGAGGCAGUAAGAUCUUGGCAAAAGGAGAGCUGGGUCUGGUCUGGUUUGUGUCUGGUCUUCUCCCUGUGUUGAGUGAAUUCAAUGCUUGUUGCUUCACGGCGUCACAGAGCGCUCCCGAGGACUUGCUGGUUUGCUGCUUUGCCCCGUCCCUUCUUUGAUGAGUGAUUAGGAGCUUCAAGUCCCGGUGUCUGAAUGCUACAUUGGUUAAAUGCUCCAGCUUGGGAUACAGUUUUAUGAAAUCUCCUUCUGAGUCGAUUCUGCAGGAGGAAUCGUCUAUUGGUGAUAUAAACCCUUGACAUUAUUCCAGUCCAGGUGUUAAGCAUGUCUAGAUUUUUAAAAUCAUGUGGCCUUUCUGGACCAGAGUUCAGGAUUGUUCUACUCGUUGCCUCUCUAAUGGUGUGCAUUACAGCCGGACUGAAUUCUGAGGGGCAGUAUCUUCUUGACAUGAAGAGUAUACUUCAUGAUGAAUUUAAUUUUCUGGGAAAUUGGAAUCCCUCAGAUGAAACACCGUGCAAAUGGAUAGGUGUGAAUUGCACUUCAGAUAGCAGUCCUGUCGUUUGGUCCCUCGAUUUGAACUCGAAGAAUCUCUCUGGGACUUUGAGCCCCAGUAUUGGUGGUUUGAUUCAUUUGACUUAUCUUGAUAUUUCUUAUAAUUCGAUUAGCGGGAACAUUCCCAAGGAGAUUGGCAAUUGUUCGAGCUUGGCGGGUCUUUACUUGAACAACAACCAGUUUGAUGGGGAGAUUCCCGCUGAACUCGUCCAGCUGUCUUCCCUGACAAUCUUGAAUAUAUGCAACAAUAAAAUAUCGGGCCCACUGCCAGAGGAAUUUGGGAGCUUAUCUUCACUAGUUGAAUUUGUGGCAUACACUAAUAAUAUCACUGGUUCUUUGCCUACUUCGAUAGGAAACCUCAAGAACCUGAGGACAUUCCGAGCUGGUCAAAAUGCAAUUUCUGGUAUCUUACCGCCUGAAAUUGGUGGAUGCACAAACUUCCGGUAUCUUGGUGUUGCCCAAAAUGAGAUUGGAGGGGAAUUGCCAAAGGAACUUGGGAUGCUUGGAAGCUUGUCUGACUUGAUUCUUUGGGAUAACCAGCUCUCAGGAUAUAUUCCUAAAGAAAUUGGAAACUGUACCAACCUUGAGACGGUUGCCCUUUAUGAGAACAGCCUCGAGGGUCAGAUCCCUUCCGAGAUUGGGGACCUCAAGUCUCUGAAGAGGUUGUACCUGUACAGGAAUCAGUUGAAUGGAACCAUCCCGAGGGAAAUCGGGAAUUUGUCAUUGGCAACAGAAAUCGAUUUUUCCGAGAAUUCUUUGUCUGGUGAGAUCCCAUCUGAAUUCAGCAAAAUUAACAACCUGACCUUGUUGUUUCUUUUCCAGAAUCAGCUGACGGGUGUUAUACCAAAUGAGUUAAGUGGCUUGAGGAACUUGACCAAGCUCGACCUGUCCAUUAACAAUUUAACUGGUCCAAUUCCAUCCGGAUUUCAGUAUUUAUCUCGGAUGAUUCAGUUGCAGCUCUUUGAUAAUUCCUUGACUGGUGCUAUUCCUCAGGGGCUGGGGAUUUACAGUCCACUUUGGGUGGUUGAUUUUUCCGAUAACCGCCUUUCUGGAAGGAUUCCUCCUCAUCUUUGUCGACACUCCAACCUCAUUUUGUUGAAUCUCGAGUCGAAUAUGCUUUACGGGAACAUUCCUGCUGGAAUCCUGAACUGUAACUCGCUGGUUCAGCUUCGUCUGGGUAGUAACAUGCUCACGGGCAGCUUUCCUUCAGUGAUGUGUAAACUGGAAAAUCUGUCUUCCAUCGAGCUUGGCCAAAACAAAUUCAGCGGUCCAAUUCCUCUAGAGAUUGGGUCUUGUCGGAGGUUGCAGAGGUUGGACCUUUCGGGAAAUUUCUUCGCGUCUAACUUGCCAGGAGAGAUAGGAAAUUUAUCUGAGUUAGUGUUCUUUAAUAUCUCAUCCAAUUCUCUCUCUGGACAAAUACCCCGUGAAAUUGUCAACUGCAACCUGCUUCAGCGUCUUGAUCUCAGCCAGAACAGCUUUGUGGGUGAUUUACCAGCAGAGAUUGGAACUUUCUCACACUUGGAGCUUCUCAGGUUGUCAGAUAAUAAGUUCUCUGGAAAUAUACCUUCGACCUUAGGGAGUCUCUCCCAUUUGACUGAGUUGCAAAUGGGGGGCAACAUGUUUUCUGGUGAAAUCCCUUCAGAGUUAGGUUCCAUCUCAAGCUUACAGAUUGCAUUGAAUGUCAGUUACAAUUCACUAACUGGGAAAAUACCGCGACAGCUUGGAAAUCUUAAUCUACUCAUGUACCUCCUGCUCAAUAACAACAAUUUGACUGGUGAAAUACCUAGCUCAUUUGAGUACUUGUCUAGCCUACUGGUGUGCAAUUUUUCAUACAAUGAUCUCUCUGGGCCUUUACCGUCCGCGGCACUUUUUCAGCACAUGCCCAUCAGUAGCUUUAUAGGGAACAAAGCACUCUGUGGCGAGCCGCUUGGCAAUUGCAAUGAGAACCCAUCUUCUCAAUCCAUCCCACCUUUGACAAGUGUGGAUGUUCCAAAGGGUAAAAUUAUCACUAUUGUUGCGGCCGUUGUAGGUGGCGUAUCUCUUUUGUUAAUAGCUGUUAUAAUUUAUUUCAUGAGACGGCCAUCUGAGACGGUUGCUUCCAUGGAGGACAAGGAGUCGCCUUCUCCGGAGAAUGAUAUAUAUUUUCCUUCAAAGGAGGUAUUUACAUUCCAAGAUCUGGUCGAGGCUACGAAUAGUUUCCAUGACAGCUAUGUUGUUGGAAGAGGCGCUUGUGGAACAGUUUAUAAGGCAGUCAUGAAUUCAGGACUAACAAUGGCCGUGAAAAGGUUAGCCUCAGAUAGGGAGAGUAACAACAUUGAGAACAGCUUUCGUGCAGAGAUUUCAACUCUUGGAAAGAUCCGGCAUCGAAAUAUUGUGAAGCUGUUUGGUUUUUGCUAUCACCAGGGCUCGAAUCUGCUUCUGUAUGAGUACAUGGCGAAGGGUAGCUUGGGCGAAUUGCUUCAUGGUCCAACAUGUCGCUUGGACUGGCCAACUCGGUUCUGCAUCGCUCUUGGCUCUGCUGAAGGCCUUGCCUACUUACAUCACGACUGCAAACCUCGGAUAAUCCAUCGCGAUAUAAAGUCUAAUAACAUUCUUCUUGAUGAAAAUUUCGAAGCCCAUGUUGGUGAUUUUGGUUUGGCGAAAGUCAUCGACAUGCCUCAGUCAAAAUCAAUGUCAGCUGUUGCAGGAUCUUACGGAUACAUUGCACCCGAGUAUGCGUAUACUAUGAAGGUCACGGAGAAAUGUGACAUAUACAGCUAUGGAGUUGUUCUACUUGAGUUGGUCACCGGAAGGACUCCAGUUCAGCCGCUGGAUCAAGGAGGCGAUCUCGUCACCUGGGUAAGACAGUACAUUCGGAAUAACUCAUUUUCCUCUGGCAUGCUUGAUGCUCGGUUAGAUCUGGAGGACAAAGUCACCGUCGGCCACAUGAUUACCGUCCUUAAAAUCGCUUUAUGGUGCACGAAUUUGUCUCCUCUUGAGCGGCCUUCAAUGCGGGAAGUUGUCUCAAUGCUUAUCGAGUCAAAUGAGCGGGAAGGGAACCUUAUUUUGUCUCCGACUUAUGAUUCUUGUUCAAAGGACAAUCCUUCGUGAAGGUAUCUGAUUCUCCGCCAUGGGUAUUAGAUGGAAUGAUUCUUUUCUCGGUGCUUAUUCUUCGUUUUUCUACAUGAAUAGCUAAAUGAGAAUACCAUGUAAAUUUUACUGAGCAAAUAGCAUUAGUGAAAUCAUUUAAUGUUCACAUCACAUAA